UGGCCAAGUGUAAAGAUGGCGUCCAUCAUGGAGGGACCGCUGAGCAAAUGGACUAACGUCAUGAAAGGUUGGCAGUAUCGCUGGUUUGUUUUGGACUACAAUGCGGGUUUACUGUCAUACUACACGUCCAAGGACAAGAUGAUGCGUGGCUCUAGAAGAGGCUGUGUGCGUCUCCGGGGAGCUGUAAUAGGAAUCGAUGAUGAGGACGACAGCACAUUCACCAUCACUGUGGACCAGAAGACUUUCCAUUUUCAAGCUCGAGAUGCAGACGAACGGGAGAAGUGGAUCCAUGCCUUAGAGGGGACUAUUCUCCGCCACACCCUUCAACUGCGGGAGGCAGAGACAGGAUUUGUUCCAAGUGUCCAAGACUUUGAUAAGAAACUUGCAGAGGCUGACGCAUACCUACAAAUUCUAAUUGAUCAGUUAAAGCUCUUCCACGAGAAAAUCAAAGAUUGCAAUGAAGAGUCAUGCAGAAAAAUUGAACAKUUGAAGGAAACCACAUGUAGUAUGGUAGAGUCCAUCAAGCACUGUAUUGUAUUGCUGCAGAUUGCCAAGGAUCAAAGUAACGAACAGCAACACGCAAACGGACUGAUAAGCACCAUCAACCCAGUGGAUGGGAUAUUUCCGCCUCUGGACGCUUCUUUAGUCAAUUUAGCCAUGCCAACACAGACCACCCUCCCCACAGAUGGCUCUCAGAUGUGUAAAGGAGAACAGCGGCCCUCCACUUUACCGGUGGGGGCUGUUGUCACGGUGAUGGGCAGUCUGCAGACUCCGACCCCCAACAGCACAGGGAGUGGCCCCUCGGACCCCAGCGGUGCCUCUCCCAGUCACAUGACCAUCCCCUCCCACUCGAUCCCUGACUUUUCCUACUCCAGCAGCGAAGACGAGUUCUACGACGCUGACGAGUUCUACCAGAACAGCACGUCUCCCAAGCACCUUCUAGAUUCCUCUCGGCCUCCUGCUGCCUUGCCUCACAGCGAUGACGGAACAGUGCUGAAACGACCAGACACUAACGAGUCCCUCAACUCCUCCAUGUCUAACGGCACCACUGAUGCAGAUCAAUUUGACAGCCAUGAUGACGAGGCGGAGGAUCAGGGGGAGUCUGUGGAGGAGCACAAGAGUGUCAUCAUGCACCUGCUGUCCCAGGUGCGACUGGGCAUGGACCUCACCAAGGUGGUCCUCCCCACAUUUAUCUUGGAGAGGAGGUCUUUGCUGGAGAUGUACGCUGACUUCUUUGCACAUCCGGAUUUGUUUGUCAGUAUCGCAGAUCAGCUGGAGCCCAAAGAGCGCAUGGUGCAGGUGGUGAAGUGGUACAUGUCAGCCUUCCAUGCGGGGAGGAAAAGCUCAGUGGCCAAGAAGCCUUACAACCCCAUCCUGGGAGAGGUCUUCUUCUGCCACUGGGACCUGCCUUCAGAGAGCGAGGAGCCCACCGCAAUGGAGCCAUCGUCAGAGGGUCCGGUGCCGUGGUCUUCAGCCAACAGUCUGUCUCUUAUAGCAGAGCAGGUCUCUCAUCACCCCCCAGUUUCUGCAUUCUACGCAGAGUGUCUCAGAAAAAAKAUUCAGUUCAACGCCCACAUUUGGACCAAGUCAAAGUUCUUAGGAAUGUCAAUUGGAGUGCACAAUAUUGGCCAGGGAUGUGUGUCCUGUCUGGAACAUGACGAGCACUACAUACUCACCUUUCCCAAUGGAUAUGGCAGGUCGAUCCUGACUGUCCCAUGGGUGGAGUUGGGUGGAGAGUGUAACAUCAACUGCUCCAAAACGGGCUACAGUGCCAGCAUCGUGUUUCACACUAAGCCCUUCUACGGUGGCAAGAAGCACAGGAUCACCGCUGAGAUCUUUCCUCCCAAUGACAAGAAAUCAUUCUGCUCCAUUGAAGGAGAGUGGAAUGGAGUGAUGUACGCUAAGUGGGCAUCUGGGGAAAACUCCUUGUUCAUUGACACAAAGAAAAUGGGCUGUAUCAAGAAGAAGGUGAGGAAGUUGGAGGACCAGCUGGAGUACGAGUCCCGCAGCCUKUGGAAGGAUGUGACGGUCAGCCUGAAGUCGAGAGACAUCGAUGCAGCAACGGAAGCCAAGCACAGGCUGGAGGAGAAGCARAGGGGCGAGGCCAGGGAGAGGAAGGAGAAUGAAAUGCAGUGGGAAACUAGGUUGUUCCAUGAGGAUGGGGAGUGCUGGGUCUACGAUGAGCCUCUACUGAAAAAACUGGAUCACAGAGGCACUGAGGCCAAAGAUGCAGAUCUUGGAGUCUUAAUAAGAACUCUUUUGCAAACCACUUCUUAUCAAGCCUUGGAAUGACUGAUGAUUGAACAUGAUCACAGCUUUGCAUUUUCAAAGUAAAAAUGUAAUGAAAUCAAGAUGAAACAUCUACAAUGUAAAAAAAAUAACCCUUGUUUUGCCACCCACAUCUCCACUCUCCAUCCCCUGAACGACUAAAAAAAGCAUGACAAAAACAGUACCAAUGCCCUUCGGCUACACAAACAAGUCCUCACAAUCUUGCAGGAGAGUCCCUCAAGGGUCUGUUCUUUUCCUCGAGGGGCGGGUGUUUUGAUCGAACAAACCUCGAAAAACAGCGUUCUGUACCUCAGGAACGCUGGUGACUGAGGAAUGAAUGGUGUACUUCCAGGAGUUAGACGGCCUUAUGGUGGAAUCACAAGGGGGACAACUUGGCUUGCCAACAACUAGCUACAGCUGUUUAUAUAUAGAUACUUAUGAUGAAAAWAUAUAUAUAUAUAUAUAUAUUCUCUUUUUUAAAUUUUAUUUAUCUUUCUUUCUGGCAGUAGUAAAUAUUUGAGGAUAUGAACUCUAUGGCAAUACAUCAGGAAUCAUUCCUUUUCCUUUCUACAUUCGUGCCCUCUCAAGUUCGUUGACAUUCUCUCCCCAUUUACUAACUCCAUCUAGUGCAGGAGUGUCAAACUCAUUUUGCCCCGGGGGCCGCAUUCUGUCUUCAACGAGGUCCAGAGGGCCGCAUUGAAAAUGUGUUAUUUCCUCACCGUCAUUUUUUUUGUUGAAUUUCUGAUGCUCCCUGACUGUCUGGCUUUCAUUUUG